AUGACGAGCUAUACGGUUAUCACUGGAGUCCAUAAAGCUAUUCAGUUCUGCGCCCCCGAAGCUGCUCUUGAUAUGAAGGUCAUGGCACUAGCGAAAAGCAUGUAUAAGAAUUUCGCCUCUGGCUGUGAGAAACGCGACUCGUUGGGCCAUCUUAUCGUGUGUGAAAUGGACGUUGUGGCAGGUGUUGCUUUCUCUAUAGCCCAACGCGAGAUUUGCGCCAUCAACAAAUACAGCCUUCUUGAGAGGACUGUGCAGGAUCUUGCCAAAUUUUUCGCGUCCAGCUGGACCAGCGGAAUUGACAUGACCCCAUGGAUAGACACAGCUGUCACUUCUGCUGAGCUUUCCCGGAGGUUGGAGACUCUUGCUGAGGCUCUUCCCGAGCGCUUUCGUUCCAAGCUGAUUGAAGUCCGCGAUCAACUACCGCUGCUCUUUGCCCCAGACUACCCGCAGGUGCUGAACCAUGCUGACCCAUGGGAAAUGAAUAUCCAUGUCAGCCCAAGCACAAGAGCCAUCACUGGCAUGGUCGACUGGCGUGAUGCUGCAGUUGGUCCUUUUGGGUUGUCAUUUUGGGGCCUUGAGACCCUGCUAGGAACCUUUGGUGCAGAUGGCUGGCACUUUCAUGCCCGCCACCUCGACUUACGGAGGACAUUUUGGGAGACUCUCUACGCUACCGCAGGCAUUGCCAUGGAGUCCCAAAAGCAGGCAGUCAGGGUUGGAAGGAUUGUUGGCAUCUUCCAGGCGUACGGUCUCAGUAAAGGGGUGCCCGUGGAGACAGGAAACCUGAGUCUUUCGGCUCUUGAGGAAGUCUUGUCCGUAACUGAAAGCUGA